AGAUUCAAUGACAUUUCUGUCCGUGGGAAAGUUAGUACGAAGAUGACCUCACGCAGGAAGGAAUAUGUUCAUCAGAACUGGCUAACACGUGAAAGCAAGCCCCAAAAUACUGGAUAUGGUCCUGAAUGUGAAAGAAGCAGAUGGAAAAAUCUCAGUGGUUCUCCAGUUAAACAAAGUGAGAAAAUGUUUGAUGUAAUGCAAAAAGAUGCAUCAACUGCCAGUGGCGAUGGUACCGAGCAUCAUGCUAUUGCAGAGAGAGAAGCAUCACUUGAAGUAAAGGAGAAAAUUUGGUCUUCAGUUGAACAGGCUGCACCGAGAUCUCAGGAGGUUGCUCAAGUUUUCCUCAGUCAUUUAGGAAAUCCUGAUGUUGUAAUUGAAGACAUUUUUGAGGAUGAUCUGUCAAGUGACAGUGUUUCUGAAAAGGCUCCUAAACUGUUGGGAAAAAAACAGAAGAAGUAUUGUACAAAGAAAAUGGAACAUUUUUUGCCAUUUGGAGAAAAGACAGGGGUAUUCAAAGAAGCUUGGAAGACUUCAAGGACAGUUCCAGUUCAUAAAAAAAGAAAGGACAACUCUCUUGGUUUUCCUGAGCUGGUUGAUGUGAGCUAUGUUAUAAAUCCUUGCCAUUUCUAUGUUCGAAAGUAUUCAGAGAGGAAAAAGGCACAUUUGUUGACUGGCAAGCUUAACCAGUUUUGCAGUGGGGCUGCUUCUUGCAAACCUGAUGAUGUUUUGACAUUAGGUGAGUCCAUUAUGGUUCAGAGUGCUGAGAAUGGCAUGUGGUGUCGUGGAAGUAUUUUGGAGCUAAUCCCAUCAGACCAUUUAAAUGUGGGAAGACCUAAUGGACCCACACAGUAUGCCUUACAUAAUAUUGCUGUGGUGCAGGUACUGAUGAUCGACUAUGGACAUUUUGAAGUAUUCAUAGCUGCACGAGCAAGCAAUCACAGUGAUACUGUUCCUGUUGUGAGGUCCGAUCAUGUUUCCAUGCCACAUGUAAUUGUUGAUGAUUUAUAUCGUGUGAUAAUAAAAGCUAGUGAUACAAUGCCAGUGGAAAUAAGAAACGUCCCUCCUUUGGCUAUAAAAUGCUCACUAAAGGAUAUUGUUCCAGAGGAUAUGAACAAAGGCUGGAAUGAGGAGGCCAGAAGUGAGUUUUUAAGAAUGGUGAAUAAAAAGUCUGUCAUGAUGAAGAUAUUUAAGCACGAUGGUGACAAACUACUUGUGGAUUUAAUGAAGCCACCUGUUGACAAAAUAAGCAGCGAUAUGCCAGUAUCCCUCAGAGAUGCUUUGGUGUUUCUGGAGUUGGCAAGGUUCAGUUCACUGAGUAGUGACUUUCUGCACCAGUUUGAUAGGACUAUUUUGAAAUACUGCCCAGCUGUCUUACCUUUGGCCCAGGCUGUUGUUAAUGCUUCUGUUUGCCACAUUAACAAUCCCUCAGAGUUUUAUAUACAACCGGUGGAUUUGGAGUUUUUGGUUCUUGAACAGAAGAUUCAGGAAGCUUACAAGGAAGAUAUUGAUAAUUUGGAAAUAAUUUGUCCAGUUCUGGGGCAGGCGUGCAUUGCUCAGUUUGAGGAUGACCGGUGGUACAGAGCACGUGUUAUUGGAUUACCUGGAUCCAGGGAGGUUUUGGUUAUGUAUGUUGACUAUGGUAACACUUCUACUGUCUCUGUUAAAUGCAUUCGAAAAAUACAGGACAAUUUCUUGUGUGUUCCAGAACAGGCAGUACCUUGUCAACUUGCAUUCAUUAGACCAUCUGACAGUAAUACUGGAUGGUGUACUGAAGCAAUCAAAAUGCUCAGAGAGCUCACUAUGGACCAGGUAGUGAAAUGUACUGUCAUUGGUGUUUCUGAAGACAAAACUCUAUCUGUGGAACUUCACUUGUCUGCACCCAUUCCAGGCAAGACAACAUCAGUAGUCAACACUGCUUUAGUUGAACAGGGCCUUGCCUGUUUUGAACCUCACUGUGAAAAGGAGAGUAUAUCGACUCAAGAGAGUAUUGAUAUCUGGGAUGCUUCACUUCAUGAAUUGUUAGAAACCGCAUCCCCACAUAACAUUUCAUUGCAGUCUGAUUUGAAUGCUGAAACAAUGAGGGAUUUAUCAACUUCUGGACUUGCUGCAGAAUUGAGUAAAGGAGUAAACCUUGAAGUGAAGGUUACUUUUGUUAAGUCUCCAAGUUGUAUAUUUGUGCAGCCAUUGUCAUCUGAAUCUUUAAUUGAAAGCCUUCAUGAAAAGAUGGCUGCAGAGUUAGCAACAACAGAACCUGAACUGGUUGACUGGAAGAGUGAUAUGCAGUGUGCUGUGCUGGAAAAUGACACCAAAAAGUGGAGAAGAGGACAGGUUCUCAGAGUUGCGUCAGAAGCUUCAGUAGAGGUCUUGUUUUAUGAUUUUGGGUACAGUGAAGUGAAGAGUGCCUGCAAUCUAAGAAAACUGUCAGAACAUUUUACACAUGGGAAAUGUGCAAUUGAAUGCAGCUUAUCUGAAAUACGGCCUACUGGAGGGAGUGAGAAAUGGACAGCAACAGCAUGUGAUUUUCUGGCCCACUAUCUUACUGGAGCAAGAGUCGAUUUAGUUAUACAGGAAGCUUCCUUGGAGUGGCCUUUGCCUGUAAAAAUGUUUUGCAAGAAUGAAGCUGGGCAGAAGAUAAACAUGGCUGAGUAUCUUAUGCUAAAGGGCUUAGCACUCCGGGAGAAAAAGAUUUCCAGUCUUAAACAUGAUGGGCAAGAACAUAAAGAAGAUGCAGAAAAAUCCUGCAAGGAGAGUGAUGAUAGAAAAGAGAUUGCUGAUGAUAAAAUUGUGCUUGACCACAGAGAUACUGCAGAAAGUACUGUGACAGAAAAAAUUCAAGUUAUUAGUCCUGUCGAUACAUGCAACUUGGCUGACACAAGCAUUCAGAAGUUUGCAACUGAAAAGUUUCAGGUGUAUAAACCUCCAGUCAUCCCUGAUUCUUCAUUUAUCCCAGCAACUGUGAGCUUUGUUGGAGAUGAUGGAACUAUCUAUGUAAUACAAAAGAGUCUUGAAGUUGAUUUAGCCAUAUUAAUGGAUAACAUCCAGAAAAAGUUCAAACUUCAAGGCCUUCUGAAGCCUUACUGCUGGAAGAAUGGAGAUGGCUGUGCUGUAAGAGGAUCAGACACACUUUGGUAUCGAGGAAAAGUUACUGAAGUUAUUGGUGGCUCUGUAAAAGUUUUUUACAUUGACCAUGGUUACACUGAGAAGAUACCACCAUGUCAUCUGUAUCCACUUAUUCUAUACGAGGAUAUGCCACAGUUUUGCAUUCCCUGUAAGCUUCAUGGAGUAGUACCACUUGGUGGUUUUUGGCAGAGUGAUGCAGUUGAGUUGAUUCAAGAACUACUUCCAAAAAGAUAUGUAGAUGUGAAAAUCAUGGAGUAUCAUGGAAAACCUCUGACUUAUUUAGCAGUCGAAAUCUACUUUGAUGGAAUGCCACUGUCUUCCUUUAUGGAAUACAACAAGCACUGCACUAAAAGUGAAAGUGAUUCGUCUUCUUUAAAAUCAGAAGGGUGCAAUGAAGACACGUGUGGAGACAGCUGGGAGAUUGAUUUUGAAGGUUUACAUUCGCCAAAUGUGGGCAUUCAACCUUUAAUUCAUUUUGGCUUACCUUCUCUGCCUUAUCCUGGAGAAUUUUUUUCGGUAACAGUGAAGCAUAUUGAAACACCUAAUGAGGUUUUCAUCAGCCUUAUUUCCCGGGAAGGCUCCAGGCAUUCAUCUGAUACAGAUGAUAGUGGAAUAAGCUGCGUGCCUGAAGAGAUGACUUUAGAAAGUGCCAUGAAGCAGCUGAACGAGUAUGCAGAUUUUCUCCCCAUACUCACAGAUUUUGCAUCAGGUCUGCCUUGUAUUGCAGAGUAUGUGGAUGGCUUGUGGUACAGAGCAAGAAUACUUGCAAUUCAGUGCAUUGACCCAGUCAAAGUCUUGGUUCAGUAUGUUGAUUAUGGCUCUACCAGAUUACAGGCAGCAGAUCGGCUUCGACAGAUUCCUCCAGAGCUCUUCCAAUAUCCCGUUGCAGCAUUCCGGGUUAAACUAGCAGGGUUUAAACCCCCAAGAGAUGAUGGACUUCCUGACAGAAUUCCUUACAGUCCAUUGUGGAGCAUGGAAGCCCUCUGGACUAUGAUGGACUGUGUUGAAGGGAAACAGCUAAGUGCUUCUCUACUGUCUGGAUUUCCAGAGCCCAGUGCAUUUUUAUAUGAAGAGGAGGGAACUCUAGUUCAUGUGCCACUUAUUGAAAAGAGCCUUGCAGAUGUGGAUCUGUAAAUAAAUGUGUGUGUGUUUCCAACAAAUAGAAGCAAAGUAAGACUACAAAACUGUCUACAAGCAAAUGCAGUUUUGUCCAGAUGUGCUCAUUUUCCUUUAAACUUUUUUUAUUGAAAACACAUUUUGAAAUGUAGUUAGGCAAUCAUAAUGGAAAAAGUUAUGGUCUGAUUGGUUAUAAAUGUUUUCGAUGUUCUUGCUAUAUUAAUAUUUUUUUUCUGAAAGUUGAAAGUUCAAAUCAUGUUUAUCUUGUUGACAUGGUAAAGGUUGCAGUAGUUUAUUUUUUUUUAUAGUUGUAUUGCAGACACUAGAAAUAAAGAUUACUUUGGCACAUCUA